AUGGCCGAUCGUGACCUGUUCUCAUCUGCGCCUUUGAUCCUGACCGGAAAGCAUCAACACCUCCAAAAAGACCAGGAAAUCGCAACGCGCCCAAGAAUCGAACUUCACUCAGAGGAUCAUGUGUACCGAGCGCCGGUGACACAGUACCUGGACUGGCAUAUUACAGUGGACCACCGCAGGCCGGAUGGUGUACUGAAGCGGGUCUAUCUCAUCAAUGACCUGUUUCCUGGCCCGACGGUUGAGGCCCGCUCUGGUGAUACCUUGAUCAUCACUGUUGAGAAUGGGCUGCUAGAUGAGUCGGUUACGCUUCACUGGCAUGGCCUUCAUGUUGCCAAUUCUAUGGACGGGGCUGCCGGAGUUUCUCAAUGUCCUAUUUCCCCCGGGAGUCAAUUUGUAUACAAUUUGACAAUUCCAUCCGAUCAAAGUGGUACUUUUUGGUAUCAUGCUCAUUCGGGGGUCUCGCGAGCCGAUGGCCUUUAUGGUGGGCUAAUUGUUCAUGCGCCGGCUUCAAAAUCGACCGUUCGAGGCUUGAUGGCCCAGAAAGAGGAUAAUGAUGAGCCAUACACUUAUGAAAAAGAGCUUCUGCUUCUUAUCGGCGACUGGUAUCAUCGGCCUGCAAGUGAGGUCCUUGAGUGGUACAUGGACCCUGGGAACUUUGGGAAUGAGCCUGUUCCUGAUUCUCUACUCAUCAAUGGAGUGGGACGCUUUGACUGCAGCAUGGCUGUUCCUGCACUGCCGGUGGAUUGCAUUAAGGGUAUGAACUGGUCAAUCAUGGACCUCGUUCCCGAUAUGACAUAUAGGAUACGUGUUGCAAACACUGGCGCACUUGCUGGGUUCACUCUCUCCUUCAGCCAUCACGUACUGGAUCUUAUGCAGGUGGAUAGUAUUGAUGUACAGCGUCCGGAACAGCGAAAUACCAAUUCUGUUGGGAUCCUGUAUCCCGGACAGCGCAUGGACUUUAUCCUUCGGCCGUCGUCGCAGAGCACCAACAAGCAGCCAUAUGUGACGGUUCAAUUAGAUCAAAACUGCUUCAAGUACGCCAAUCCAGCAUUGAACCCUGAUCAAACAUUCCCAAUUAAUGAUCAUCCAACUUCCACUUUCAAUACCAGCUCCCAGCCACCGGUGGUUAUCAACCAUCUCAACAUCCAAGAAGUACCAUCCGCACCCUCGAUCCUAAACUCACUUCCACCAACAGCAGAACAAACACACGUCAUCUACACUAAGAUCCAAAAGAUGGCCCGCUACUCCAACAAACCAUUCGGCUAUAUCAACCAAACAACCUGGAAACCACAACAACAUCCACCAGCACCGCUGACCACUUUACCUCGUACAAAAUGGGAUAAGAACCAAUUUACAAUUACUACAGGACCGGACUCAGUAUGGAUAGACCUAGUAAUCAACAACCUAGACGAAGGAUCCCAUCCAUUCCACCUGCAUGGCCACCACUUCUACAUCCUAGCAACAUAUCAAGCAAGCUCCGGCUGGGGCUCCUACAACCCCUUCGCAGAUAAAUCACCACCACACGCAGGUUCAGACCUGGAAAGGGACUCCGGCUCAUCUACAUCCUUAUCCCACGACCAGCCAGACCAAGCCACAGAAGACGAAAUCAACCCAAACCAAAACCCAAACAUUUUCAGCCCGUACGACCUCUCCCGGGCUGCACUACGUGACACGGUCAACAUCCCAAGUCGCGGUGUCGGGGUAACAGGGCUACCUCCUGCUAUCUACUAA